UCCUCGUUGAACUUUAUUAGUGAUAUGAGCGUCAAAUGUCUUUCGAAAUGGCUGAAUAGACUCCAAAGUUAAAAUGACGACGCAGCCCACAACGUGCAAGGCACUUGUAAAAGAUUAUUGCGAAAACUGUACAUUUGCUGGAGUACACUUUAUUGCUGACGAUACGAAACAUUGGUUUGAGAGAUGGUUCUGGUUGGCUCUAGUGAUUCUCUCGUGGUACGGUUCCGCUAUCCUGAUCAUAGCGGCAUGGGAUGCGUUUCGGGACAGUCCCAUCAGCUUCGGACUGGAGACCACGUACACCAAGUGGAACACGGAACUGCCCUCGGUGGCCGUAUGUGAGGCCUCUAAUGAUGAUAAACUUUUCAGCGUCUGUGAUGCCAUUUGGCCUCCGGACCACCUUUUGGAUUUGGAAGAGGCCUUAAAGGACAUCACCUACUUUCGUGGAAUUUCGUACAGUCUCACCGAAGUCUGUGCUAUCAAAAAGCCUGACCCUGGUUGUCUCUUGUCUAAUUACAGCUACUACGCCAGUUUAAUACGCAGUACAUGCCCAGAACUCAUAGUAAAUUGUUCUUACAACGACGUGCCUUUUGAUUGUUGCGAAUACUUCCAGCCCAUAGAAACGGACGUGGGAACCUGCUUUAUCAUCAAUUCCAUUCAAACUGAGAAGCCAAAACCUUAUCCGAUGGUAAGCAAUAUGGAAAACAAACGGUCAAGCAUUAAGUUCGAGGUGUUAUUGCACUCAACGAUGUACACAUUGGGGAAUGAUGAGGUCCCAAGUAUUACUACGUCACAGUCAUCAACUUUGAGAAUUCAACUUGGACAUAAAUAUAGUCGCCAAAUCGCGGUGCGGGAUAUCGAGAAUGACCCACUGAUAGUAGAGACGACCUCAGAGCAGCGAGCUUGUAGAUUCCACGAUGAGAACGAGGACGGCCUGUACCCACACUAUUCCUACAGUGCCUGCACCGUGCUGUGCCGGAAACGAAAGCAGAUGGAGCUUUGUAAAUGCAACGAUCAUUUUAUGCUCGGCACGCCUGAAUCAGAUCGCUGCAACAUAUCGGGUCUUGCGUGCAUUCACAAGCACUCCAACUAUUUGACCACGCUCAAACCGCACUGGGCCAACCGCCCGGGGCUCACCUGUGACUGCCUCCCAUCUUGUGACGAGACGGAGAUCACCAUCAUCAAAGACGAUGAUAUGUCGAAUCAAUCGAAGAAAGAUAAGAAAAAAGCAUCAGUAGAAAUGGUCCUAGCUUACUUGCCCACUGAAAGGUACAAACGAAAUGUCGUAAGAAGCCGCCUUGACCUCGUCGUAUCCGUCGGCGGGACAACGGGUCUGUUCGUCGGUGCCAGCAUUAUAAGCUUCGUAGAACUGAUUUGGUAUUUCACCAUUCGCUUCUGCAUAAACAUCUGGCUAGAACGGCAGGGAAGAAGAACUACUGUCGUACUGCCUCAAGACACUGAAAUCGUGCGGAUUGCGAAUAAUAGAGAGCAGAAUGAUAAUGAUCAACGUCCGUACACUAGCAGUGGAGUCCCACAGUCCCAAGUAGAGUAUGACAAAUUUUAUUCGCAAUCGAGUAAUAACUAAUAAGUUAUAGAUUUCCUGCUCGCAUAUUACCGCUUUUUAAAUAGGUGUCUGUCUAGGAUGACGGGCCAAAUGGCUAGUGAUUAAGUAGACAGAUUCUUCAAUAAGCUUUCUAAGCAAAAAACCAGCAGCAAAAUCCUAAAUCCUGAACCGAGUUCAGUAUAAAUGAUGAAUUUUAUUCACAAUCUAACAACAGAGAGAAGCUCAAACUUUUUGCGCGCUUUGGAAUUCUCUGCGUCUAACUUUGCACCGUCUCAUUUGUGUGAAACAUUGUUUAGAUCGUGGCUUCACAUUCCUAUGCCGUAGGUAGAAAUGUUGCAAUUGUUGGCGUAUCAAUAUUUAUGCAUUAGUGUAAUAUACAUAAAUAUCUAUGUAAGUUAAAUAUCUUACUCUAAGAACAAAUUAAAUUACUUUCUAUGAAAAUGUUUUAAUUUGUGUUUUUUUUACAAGUAGACAGUAGUUUUUUUUAAAAAGUAGUAGUUAAAUAGUAGUGACUAUUUAAAUUAUAAACGUAAUAAAUAUUAUAUAAAAAGGAAAACAAUGACUAAGGCCUUCAAAUCCCAUGGCUGGAACGGAAUCGGACUAGCCAGCGUCCUCUGUUUACGCGACAGAUGCUUGAACCGCUGGGCUCGGUAGCAUGGGUCGAAAUUUCCAAGUAUAUAACGAUUUCCGAAGGCUUGUGGCGCCCCCUGGCCAGUAUGGUUCGACCCUCCAAUCGUAUCAUGUGAUAGCUGACCUGGUCUUGAUAAUCUUUUCCUUUGUAUACCUAUGACAUUUAUUUCGUUUAAAUAUCUUAUAUUUGAUAAUAUGAAAUAAGAAAUAACAAUAUCUUAAUUCAUAGAUAAAGAAGAGACGCUUUCCAUAUAGAUUUUCAUACAUUGACCCACCUGUUGUUAUUUUUAUUGCGCGCGGCGCAUACUUACCUAAUUAUACUCGUAUUGCUGUCAAACUCGCACAGUGACAUUGACAACCGGCAUCAUGGGAGAUGGGAGGAACCGGGCGCGGAAAAUGUAUCUGGAAAGCGUCUCUGCUUUGGUAGAGUACAGAUGUAGUGCAUAAUUAUUUUCCACCGUAUUUUCAUGGAAACGUACAAACGUGUCUUGCUAUUUCAGUCAGUCUCGGUACAAAAAGUACUGACGUUGACUGAAGUAGCAUGACAAAUACGUAUGUUUCCGAGAAAAUACGACGAAAAACAAUUAUGCACUACAUCUGUAAUGAUGAGGCGUCAAACAACACAGCUAAUUUGGAUUAAGUAAGGAUUUAUCAUUGAGGUAGGACUUGAUGUGCAAUUUUUGUCUAAAAUGUCUAAAUAUACGUUCUUAGCACACAUUUAAAAAAAAUGUAGUUCAUAUUAUCUUAGACAUAAUCGUUUGUAUAUUUAAAUUGAGAUAUUGUAAUUUAAUUAAGCCACAAUGCUUAUAUUAUGUACAUAAAUAAUAUAGAUAACCUAUGUAAUAUGCUUGCCUUAUUAAAUACUUUAUGCUCACUAAGUAAAUGUAUUCUAACCUAAACGACCGAAAACAUCAGCUUUUUGUCUAAUUGAAGGCUAAACACCGCAUAGUAAAGUUACGAUCGAAUACGACAGCAAAAUAACUCUUAGCUAACAGGUAGAUACAUAUUACAGUAGGUAUUCAAUUAAUAUUCUAGUAUAAGUAUGUAGACUUGGUACAGGGUGCCUUCUACGAGUACGAGUAAUAGAAGAAUUGUACAAUUUCACAAGUGAAACUUCUCGACCGCCCUAUUUCUGGGACCCGGGACCCGUUCAAAUACUAGGUAGGACAAACCAAAUUAUUAGGGUAAAUUAAGUACGUUCUAAUAGGUACGUUGCUGUAAAACAGGGUGCUGUCUGGUAUUUUUAGUUACCAAUGACGGUCUGUCGGAGGAGACCCCUCUAUAUUUUAUACUAUUCACUAAUAUUUAAAUUUCAAUAUUUUCAAAAGUUCUUAUUUAAGUAAAUACAAUAAAUAAAACACAAAUGUAUUUAAAAUAAAAGAAGAUACUUAGGUAAGUACCUACUUGGGUUUGUUUUCAUAAAUCUAACAUACAAACUUUAAUUGUUUUUUUUUAGUUUAUUAAGCUUCGUAUUAUAAGCCAAAUAAAUAAAAAUUAGACCUAAGUACCAGAGUUACGACAUACUACGAACAAAUUACCCAAUUUAAACCAAGCCAAUAUAUCAGCCGGAACAUGAGACGGGUAUUAUUGCGACAUAAUACCGGGUUAAUGCAAUGUCCUGUAUAUCCUGACCCACAAUAUUUUAUACUGUAAUUGGCAUAUUGGCCCUUUGAGCGCCAAACGUCGAACACAUAUGAUACCCUAGUUUCCUUACCACAUGCAAUACCUACACCAAAAUUAGUUUAUUUAUAAAGCGUGUAUUUUUGAUACGACCGCAUAACCAAAGGGUAGUUAGUUUAGACUUUAAUGAACUUUCAUAGAUUUUAUAAAAAACAGACCACUUUUAUUUUUCCAUAUAAAAUAAUUCGGCAAGCAAUUAGUAUCACUACCUACUUUGUUUUAACUCAAAAUGUCGCAUUUAAUGACGCGAUGUUAACUGUCACAAGUAACUAUGAUUGAUUUACAUACAAAAUACAUUGCCGCUCGAAAAAAUAUCAAAAAUUAAUUAUGCCCUGGUAGUUACGACUAAAUUAAAAAUAUCUUUCAGAAUCGUUUUAUAGCACUAAAACCAACGUCUAGUUUAAGUUUGCGGCUAUACCAAAAAUACACACUGUAUAUUCGACUGAAUUAUGUUACCUGCCAUAAUAUUGAUUAAGGAGUAUUUAGACUGUAACCGAAAAGAUAAAAGUACCUUUGAAAAUAUUUGUAGGUAUUUUUAGUGACAUCAACUGCUGAUAACUGUGGUUUUCGUUUCAAUAAACCUACUUUUGAACGGCUACGGGAUAUUUUUUUAAAGUCUUACAAUUGUCACAAUAGGCUGACUUGAACGGGGGCUAUUAGUGAGUAUCAUACAUUAUAAGCAAAAGGCCUUCGCAGCACUUUGUACGUCUUAUUACUAAGAGAAGAAUUUUCGCGAUAACUCAAUAACAGCUUGACCGGUCAUGUUCGCUGUAGUUAUUAUGGAAAAUAUUUAUUAAGCAUUCAUAGUUCAAAAGUUAAAUGGGGGGAGUAUCAUUUUUAUUCUUUCGGAACGAUUUUCUACGCGAAUAUUCUCUUCAUCAAAAAAUGUUUCUUGGAGAACUCUAUUUGUUUUUAACGACAUCUCUAACAAUGUACGUCCCACGCCUUAAUGUAAAUUUCAUUCCUACUUUACGGGUAGAGGAAAAAAAAAUUAUAUCUACUUUUUAGGGUUCCGUAGCCAAAUGGCAAAAAACGGAACCCUUAUAGAUUCGUCAUGUCCGUCUGUCUGUCCGUUUAUGUCACAGCCACUUUUUUCGAAACUAUAAGAGCUAUACUGUUCAAACUUGAUAAGUAGAUGUAUUCUAUGAGCCGCAUUAAGAUUUUCACACAAAAAUAGAAAAAAACGAAUAAAUUUUGGGGGUUCCCCAUAAUUAGAACUGAAACUCAA